GCGCCCUCCCCACGCCAUGCCAUGGCUCUUUGGAGUUUUAAUUUUUCUCCAGCUGGCAAUCAGUUUUUCUCCAACAGACAUCAGUGCCUACCGUAGGACCGCUCAGGACAGACACUAGUAACCAGUGCUCGCGAGGACUUACUCAAAUCACACCGCCUGCUUAGUGCGUGUUUCGCAUAAUACAUAUUUUACCCUGAUAGACUUACCUGCAGUGAUAAAGCCGCGAUUUACGUCAUCUCGUGUGCGCGUGUAUUUAAGUGUGUGAUAGGAAUUUGUGCAAGCUGAAAUUGUACGAAUUAGUUCUUGUUCUCGGUUUGCCAAAACUAAAGAUUGGUUUGAUAAGCGUGAAACGAUUGUUUGCCUAAUGAAAAUUAACCAAAAAUAAACUUCAAUAGUGGUAUUUUGUUGAAAAAUAAUCCAACUUUAUUGAACGUUUUGCUCCGCGUUGAGCGGCACUGAUUUUGGCCGUUUUGACGAAACACGAAUGAGUUUGGUUUUUCUGUGAUGCUUUGAGAGAAAGAAAAUCAUUGGCAAAGUGCGUACCUUCGAGGCAUUCCAUACAUUGGUUAAAGUCAAACUAAGAACCCAAUCUCCACACGUGAAAAUCGUGAAAACAUUUAACCAAUGUAUCAGUUUUCCACAAAAAAUCUCUCCUGCUGAUUAAGCGCAAGAUGAGUGUUAACCAGCGGAGAAGUCACUGCCACUGAAGGUGGGUGUGUGACGACUACACCACUGUGUCGGAACGAGCGAAUUUGACUCAUCAAAUCGAGCACAAGACACAAUUCGAAGACAAACAUAAAGUACCAGCAUUCAUUGUUUGAUUUGCUACAAAAACCUGCACGAUUCAUAGGAAGUGAGUGAAGGAAGAAGCUGUGUUAGAAAGUCAUCGGCAGCGGAUGCUACCUGAAUGUGAACCAGCAGCCGAUUACCACUGGAUGCAACAAUGGCCAAAUCCGUGAAAUUUGUGAUUUAUCGACCCCUGACGAUGCUAAGUCUCUGGCUUUUGCUCGGCUGUACCACCCAAGCACAAUCCACCGGAAAUGCUACCAUAACCGUAACAUCACCGUUAUCCUCGUCAUCGUCGUCGUUUUCGAUGUCUCCCGAACUGCCACCGGAACCAAAGUUUCGAUUUCUGCGACCGACCUUUACCCGAACAGAACUGAAAGUGGCCCGAAGUCUCGACCCGGACAAUGUUCAAAAGCUGAACGUUCGUUCGAAUAACGGUCGGAUGGUUGAAAUAAUCGUGAAGAAGCGAGACGAAAAGAGUGGAAUUUCCUGGGGAGUUCCGUUGUCCCAAAACAGCAGACCGACUGCUUCCGAUGGAUACCGAGUCACGGGUGACAACUCGCCAGGAUCUAUGGACAUAAUUAACGCAUUUCUGGAGCACGUGAAUCGAAUCGAACGACCGGCUAGGUAUUACGAAGACGAAAGUUCGAUCAAGAACGAUCGACGACCGGUCCGAAUAGCGGUCAGUAACCGUCCAGUUGAUGAAACUAUGGCUGCCAAUGUCCCUGCACCUGUCGUCGUCAAUUCGGACGCUGUUUAUAUGAAAGAUAAUCCAUUCGGUAAUAAAACUAAAAAGAAGCCCAGAGCUUUACAGGAAAUAGGAGAAGAUGGAAUUCCGGUAGUGCACGGAAUUCGAGUACCGGAUGAUGAGGCAGAUAAAAAACAGGUAUGGAGAAAUGCUCGAGUAAUCAACGGCGAACUGGUACCGUACGAAAAAGGUCACAUUCCGAAACGGAUGGAAGGUACGGGAGACGCCUAUGGUCAGCUGAUAUUUGCCCGUCCAUCAAGUGGUGAAACGGGACGAAGACGCAGCAUCGGUCCAUUCACGACAGCCGAUAAUUUUCCUUUGAAUGACAAACCGAAAAGUUUCGGCCCAUUCAGCGUGGAAGACAAUUUGCGAUCCAGUGUGCGAGUUAACGAUGCGGAUCCGAUGCCAAUGGUGAGGAUGCCGGCGAACAUUGGCCCCUUUUCGCGAGCAGACAAUGCCCGGGUUUCGAACGCUAAGUUGAUCGACUACAUCAAAAAAAUUAACGAUCAGGAAAGUCGAAAGCACUACUACAUGGCGAGGACACCGAACAAAGAGAUUUUUGCAGAACAACCCAAAAUUCAACGAAGAAUGCUGCAGAAUCCAGGAAAUCCGGUCUAUCCGGUUUCGAAACUGUACUCGUUCCCGGGUUCCAAUCAGCAACAGAACGAAUUGGAAGAUUCGCGAAAACCAGUGCUUCAAUACGCCCAUCCAGAGUUGGGUGUGCAGCCGGCGAAGUUUGUCCCUCCGGAAAACAAACCAACUCCAAAGGCUACGAAAAAAAUUAUUAAUGUGGAGUUCGCUAAACACAACGAUCACUCUCCGUUCGCAAUCGAACCGGCAAUGAUGGGUAAAGAUUAUUAUGACCAUCCGCCCGGUGUCAAGUUUCCGACAAAAGCUCCCUACGACGAACUGUACCAGCCGGUCAAAAUGCCGGCAACCUAUCCGUACACCUACGGAUUCAUCCGUCGUGUGAAACCCGAACGACCGCUCUGGAUGAAGCUAACGGAAAAAGUGAAAGAUAGUUUUCAAACCGGAAUCCACACGGUGCACGAAUUCACAAAACCGGUGCUGGAUCCGCUCGUCGAGGCCGGUCACAAAAUAUCCAAAAAUUUGGGAUUUGUCAAGAAGACUAAUGAAGCUAAGGACAAAGCUGAUCUGGUGGUGGCACCAGCUACAGGUUCAAUUGUUCUGCCGGCUUUAGGUAUGCUCGCCGGUGGAGCUGCGCUGGGACUCGGGGCCGUCGCUGUUGGUCGAUUUUUCGAUCUGGAUAUGCUGCGAAGAUCCGGCGAGCAGCUCGUUAUGGAAUUGGAUGAACUGCAGCACAAACGAGCUCUAGAAGGAACCGAAUCUCGUCCAGAUAAAUACUAUCUGUUCGUUCCGUCGACGGCCGUCACCCGGUUGGAUCCGGUGGAAAAUGUGAUGGAAUCACGCCGCUCAAAACGAUCCGUGGAUGGCAGUUAUCAGCUUUUGGAUGACAGCGCUGCACAGGACAAUGAAAUUUUUCGUAACGACAAAUUCGAUGAUCAGGGUGAUGUGAUCGAAAUCAUCGACCUAAAGUUGCCGGAGGAUGUAAGCGAGGAGUCAACCGAUGACAAUGUGCAAUUUUUAGGUAACACGGAUAGGAUGCUUCGCAAUAGGCGAAGGCGAGCUAUCGAGGGCGAGGAUGCUGAGGUUUUUGGUCAAACACUGCAAGAUGUGGAACGUGAUCUCCCUCGUCCGUCGCGGGUGGCAUUCGAGCAGCAGCUCAAGCAGACCGAUUGGAAAAAUCCUUCCUGUGCCAAAAGAACCUUUUGUCUGGUCAUGGUCCAUCAAGGGGCCGACGACGUGGUGCUGAUGGAGAAGAAAAUGUACACCAUGCUGGAGAUGAUGCAUCCAACGCUGGGGGCGACACUGACCAACCACCUAUCGGAGGUAACCGAUGCCAUCCGGCAGCAUGACUGCGAGCGAUUUGUGUGUCAUCAGCGAACGUAACAUGAAGGGUCGGAUGACGAAGAAGCAAAACCAGUAAAAACCCAUCGAAACAGCAGCGGUUAAGAGAAAGGUUAGGCAAAGGCCGAUCAGGAACUUUUUAAAUAAAUUUGAAAGCGAAAAUCAUACUGCUACGAGGUGUGUUACCCACUGUAAUAUCGAUUUCAGAAAGUAGCGCCAGUAUAUAAAAAGCAAUCAUUGUUCAGAAUGUUGCUUACGUGACGUAGAGGACGGCGCGCCAAGACCUGACUAUCACUGUAUUUGAAAUGCCAAAGGAUGAUUAGAAUGCGGGAAGGAGAAACAAAAUUUCCGUUUAACAUUAGAUUCGAGACAGUAUCAUACGUUGUAGUGCCUUUAGAUGGUAGAUUAUGACUAAAUUAGUGAAGCGCAGUCGACCUGGAAUUCGCAUUGACUUAGGAUUUAAUGAAAAAAAAAAAUAAACUAGCUAACUUAUUUGCCUGACAACGUUUCCCUCGAACAUAACAAAAAAAAACAAAAAAGAAGGUGACAUUAGUGACAAAUCUCGCAUAUUUAUUUCGAUUUUAUCCUAAUUAUGUAAACGGUUAUUUAAUUCAUAACUUAUUGGCGGGAUUCCUUCGAAGGGCAACCUUUCCAUUUUGACUGACCACCCGCACCCGCAGGAAUCGUUAAGCACCUUCACCGGAAUAAUAUGGUUUGCACAUUUUGUAACUAUUAAGAAGCAGACGUAGACUCUUCGACAUCAGGACGACUCAGAGAGUUCCGAGCUGAUACCUAUUUAUGUCACUGAACGUUGAUUAUUAGCAUUAGGUUUAUUAUACACAGUCUUGUUUACAAUGAAAAAAGUUAGGAUAUUAAUGUGAUGCGAAAAAUGUGACCAGUGGGAGUAUAUAUGGAGAUAUACUUAUAAAUAUUA